AUGGUUUUCCUAAGAUAAAUUCAAAAUCGUCUGCGAGCCUGGGUCUUUGUUUACAUUAUGUGAAAUGUCAUAGGUGUAAGAAUUAAUAGCUCCAGGCCCCUGCAAUAGUAGAAAAUAUGUGAAAACGAACGGAUUGUGUGACAGUUUAUUUCUCAGAAGUAAAACUGUUCCAUCAUAACAAAUAAAUUUGUUGCUGUAUUGCCAAGAUCAGGGGGUAGCAGAAGAUUUGCUGACAGACCUGCCGUCUAUUAUGUUGGAGUUCCUUUGUUCUUGGCCUGUGACAUUUCAUGGAGCAUUGGUGCUUUUGCUAACAUGGAGUGGAAUCUUACAUGUUGUAACAAACAUCCACCUGGUAAAGUUCACAGCUUGACCAGACGUCCAUCUCAGGUGAAUGUCAAUCAUUUGAAAUCCUUGUCACACACAAUGCAGACUCAGGACAGUGAAAAACUGGUAGCUAUCAGCCCAAAUGUGUCUGUGUGCAAAGAGGUGUCAGAGUGCCUCAGCAGCUGGUUUAACUACUUGCAGAUGCUAAAUGGCCUCUGUAGUGCUGGUUCAAGACUAUCAGAGGCUCUUGGGGGCAUGGUACGAGACACAAAUUCUCCAUCAUAUGCCAUUGCAGUCCAGUGUCACUCUGCAUGGGAAGAAUUAGUGAAGGCAACUGCAGCUGCCACUUCAGCAGUAAAAAGUCAGGUUACUACGACUUUGCAGGACGUCAAUAAUCAAGAUAACACCGAAAGUAGUCAGGUGGUUUGUGGCAGCCUCAUGACAUUUGUGAAGCUGCAGCAACAGUUCUGUGCUUCAUGUAGCGAAUUCUUGAGCUCUGUGCCAACGUGCAGCUGUAGCUCCUCCCAUGACCCUGACUGUGGCAUCGGUGUACUACAGCAGAGUCUGGCACGUAUGUAUGCCCCAGUGCCACCGUGGCCACAUCGCAGAUGGUCAGAGGCUGCAGCUACCGACCUUGGGGGAGAGGGGGAUGCAACUGCUCCUCGCCGCUGGUCUGUCCCAUGCCCACCCCAGCGGGGAGCUGCCAAACUUGGAGUUCCUUCACAGGACCGAAGCCGAUCUGCUACUCCAGAUUCAGUGUGGCGGAGCUCAUUGGCAAGCCAAGAUGAGCUUCAGGAGGUCAUACAGUUGUUGUCUGUGCAACCUCAACAGGCAACACAACUGCAUCAUCCAAGUAUGCACAUGCCAGGAGUCACCUUAACAAACUGUUCUGGAGAUGGAAACUUGCCUGAAUCUGGUACUGGCUGGGGUGAAGGACACUCAGAAGAGCGGCGGGCAAGUGCACCAUUAAGAAACAAUAGUGGCUCUCCACAGCCUUCACAAAGCACUCAUCGGGCUAGUUGGCAUGCUCCAGAUCCACAUUCUUGCACGUGGGGAGAGCAUGAGCUGUUUCCUCCAACACUAGACCCAGCAAAUUUUGCAUCCCGUAAAAGCAGCUCUUCUACAGAUUCAUCCUCCAGUCAUUCAUUGCACAGUCGUUCAACAACAGGGUCCGAGGGUGGUGCAGAAGUUCGUGCACAUUUAUACUCAAUGUGGAGUGGUGGCGAUAUGGCUUUCAUGAGGGUGCCAGAAUCAGCUGAGUUACCAGAUGGUCCAAGUCAUACUGAUAACUGAACUUAAAAAAACUUUUAGCUAUAAAUGUUGUGUGCAUGUGAUUUUAAAGGUACAAAUUAUGAGAUUGUUUAAUAUAGUUUAUGAAUGUUCAUAUUUCUUCUUUAUAAACUGUGGUGCUAUACCAUUGCAGACGUCACCCAUAAUAAAAGAGAUCUUCCUUAUUGCUAUAUUUUUCUAUUAUAUUUGAGAGAAUGUUUGAACUGGCUUUUUUUUGAAAGAUUGUUUCAAAGUGUUUUUCCUUUAUUAUAUAGUCUGCCCCAAAAAUUUAUAACUGUUUCCCUUUCAAAUAAUUACUAGCAGAUUUUAAAUAUAAUGUUGUACAUAUGUAUGUGUGUAAUAAAGUGGUUUGUGGGAUAAGGUAUCCUGCAUGAGCAGCUCUCUGCCAGUGAGGGUUUGGUCCUCAGCAAUCUUUGCACUGGCUUUUUACUACAACCAGCAGCAAUAGGACAUAAUUUUUCGUCUCUACCAACAAAGCAGAUUACCAUUUGAUAAAUUGUCAAUAUCAUCCCAAUGCUAAUUUUUCAGUGUAAAACACUUAGGUAUCUAUGUUUGUUAUCUUAAAGUUUUUGCAAGCUGUGUAUUGUAGGGUACUCGUUAUUACCUGUUAAGCACCAGAUUUUUAUCAUGUUUCAUGUACAAUUCCUUAGUGUAACAUUGAAGAAAAAGAUGUUUAUGUAAUUUAUACAUUCUAGAAAUACUCUAAUUUUAUCAUCAUAAUUUCUUUAUGGUUGUGUACCUCCAUAUCCUUUUAUGUGAAAAAUGGUGACUAGUACUAUUUAUAUAAUUUUUGCUGAGAGAGUCAAGGGUUCUCUCCUCACACAUCCUCCUAAAGGCAAGGUAUACCAACCAAGUCAGCAGCCUUUUAUUGAAACUAAUAAAUCUGAAUGGUGGCUUGGUCAUUCCUGCAAUUAUCAUAUGAUAUUAAUGCCAACCAAACUGGUGUUGAAUAAAUCAAACAAUGGAAAAUCCAGGAUGGAAUGUAAACCAUACCAGAGAAGGGGAGUUGCUACUCACCAUAUAGCGGAGAUGCUGAGUCGCGAUAGGUAGAACAAAAAGAUUCACACAAUUAUAGCUUUCGGCCGUGAAAAAGGCCUUAAUGGCCGAAAGCUAUAAUUGUGUGAAUCUUUUUGUUGUGCCUAUCACGACUCAGCAUCUCCGCUAUAUGGUGAGUAGGAACUUUCCUUCUCUAAUAUUGUUGGUGUUGAAUAAACUAAUACAAAAGAUAGGUCACAUAAAUAAUACUGUAAUCAAAGCUAGUGAACCUCAUAAUUCAGAUCUUCUUCAUUAGUAGCAGCAGCCAUUUGACACCCACUGCUUUAUGAUGGUCUCAUCUUUAGUUUAGCUAGUAGAAUGUUACUGGUAUCCCAUCAGGUGCAGUGGCCUCCUUCUGUUGAGCAGUUUCAUUUGGUUUUCUAUCUCAUGAUAGAAAAUUCAUUUUGAUACCUAUCAUUUUGACAUUUGUCUGAUGAUCUAAAUGAGCAACUACAGUGUGAUCUUUCUCAGUGAGACAGUUUCAGAAUAAGAUGUUUAGUAUUUUGGCCUGUUCUGUCAUUCUCCAUUUUGACGCCAUGUGAUCACAGUGUGUCUGGAUAGUUGGCUUUGAUCCUUUAUUGCUUUAGUAAUUUACAACAUGCAUAUAUCUAUUGCUUGAUGAGUGGCCCUCAUUUUUGGUAUGGUUCUCAUAUUAAAAGUACCUGUCUGGUAAUACACACUGUUUGUAAAUUUUUCUUUCCACACACAUCAAAAGCUUAAAUUCUUGUAGAAUGGGUCCACAGACUGUACAGAUUCUUAAAAGGAUAUCAUGUUCCACUCAUGGCUGUCAAAUUUUUUAUUUUUGCUAUUGUCAUUUAGGUAUUUUGUACAGCUGGUGUGGGACAGCUUUUAGGAAUGGUAAGCAAUACAUUAUACAAUACACAGCUGUAAAAGUUAUUUUAUUAUUGACUAUCGAUUUCAGUCCACCCUUGCAAUGUUUACGUAUUAUGAACAUGUCUACUGCAGUAUAAUGUGUUAUACCCAACAUGACUUUUGUGUUAGCUUCUAUCCUCCUCUUCUCUUAUCAGCUUAUCAUCCACACUUCACUUCUGUAUAAGGCAAUGUUCCAAACAAAUUCCUUGAGAAAAGACUUCCUAAUGCUUAAAUGUAUAUGAGAUAUUAACAAAUUCCUCUUUCUCAGAAAUGAUUUUCUUGUUAUUGCCAGUUUGCAUUUUAUAUCCUCUAUACUUUGUCUAUCAUCAGCUAUUUUGCUGCCUAAAUAGCAAACCUUAUCUGCUACCUUUAGUGUCUUAUUUCCUGAUCCAAUUCUGUCAAUAUGGCCUGACUUACCUCAACUAUAUUCCAUUAUCAUCGUUUUACUUACAACCUCUUUUCAAGAACUUUCAUUCUUUUCAGUUGCUCUACCAAGCCCUUUGCUAUCUCUGACAGAAUUAGAAUCCCAUCAUCAAACCAUAAAUUUUUUGCUUCUUCUUCCUGAAUUUUAAUUCACUUUCCAAGUAGCUCCUGCUUGCUUAAUGCGUAGAUCAAAUAACAUCAGAGAAAUGCUACAACUCUGUUACAUUCCCUUUUUGACUACUGCUUCCCUUUCAUUCCCUUUGACUCUUAUAAUGGCAGUCAUUAUUGCCUCGUGUAUUCCUACAUUUCUCUGGAACUGAAACUAUUCUUUUAUGAAGUUGGUGUCUGCCAGUUUCUCUAUUCUUCUGUAAAUAAUUUGUUAGUAUUUUGCAAUGACAACUUAUUAAACUGAUGGAUAAGUAAUAUUCACAUCUGCGAGGACUUGCCUUCUUUGGAAAUGGAAUUAUUGUAUUCUUCUUUAAAUAUGAGCAUAUUUCAUCUGUUGAUACCUUUUGCGUAAAUGGUGGAAUAGUUUUGUCAUGGCUUGCUCUCGAUAUCGCGAUUCUCAGAAGUUUCACCGUUUGACUAAAAGGCUUCUAAAAAUUAUUUUCAGACAUGAAUGACAGAAGUGUAACAGCAUUUGUGAGAGUUUUAAACUCAUUCCUCGUGUAUAGUGUCUGAAGUUAUGUUCUCGGAAUAUUGCACUCAAGGAAAGGGACAUAUUUUGCAAGACCUCUGCAGCAAUAUUUGUGGAAAUUGACUUGGAUACAAAACAAGCUUUUUUGGCACUAAAUAAAUUUGUAGCAAGGAGAUAGGUCUGUACUAUAAAGCUGAAGCAUUCAGCAAUCUGAGCAAUAAUUUUAUCUCACACUUCUGUUGCAACAAAACUUUUUUGAAUCCAUUUCCCUGCCUCUGUCACAAGAUGCAGCAGCUCUCUGCAUGUGGAAAUAUUGUCAUUGAUGAUAUCUCAGAAAUAUUUUUGAAAUCUUCUACCCCUUGUACAGACAGCAGAUCAUCUACUCAUUUUUAUAACUGACCGUACAAUAUAGCAAUUUGUGACACAAUAUGAUCAAAUACAGACAACCAAAAUUGAAAUGCAGGGUGCCUUAAUUUUAGAUGGAGCCCUGUUGCUUGAGUAAUUGUAGUGGUUUGUUGAGACAUAUAAGCUCAGUUUGCUCCAGGCCCUCUAUUCUCCAUUUUUAUGCACAACUUGCACAGCUCUUGGUUUAAAAUUCCAUCUCAUGUUGGAAACAUGAGGGAAUUUUCUAUUCACUAUGUCAGUAAGCACCAUUAUUGUUGUGUGAAGAACUAUGGAAAAAACUAAGAAUCUAAUGAAGGUCACAAAAAAAUUGUAACAUCCGUAUUCUGACUCAUUGCUUAGGUUAAAAUCAGAUUCAAGUUAUGGGCAUAACAGUGAGCAAAAUAGGCAUGUCUAAAAUGUUAUUCAGAAGAGUCUGUACACCUGAAUGAUGACCCCUCACAACAGCUGUGCCAUUGCAGCUCUGAGAAAUACAAUAUCCAGUAAAGUUUCUUUGAGUGAUUCUGCUAACAUUUUUCAAUCAUAUCCACAAGGAGUAAGGGAAAUGUAAACCGUUUCUGCAGGUUUACCCUCAGUGAAAACAUGUCUGAUUACUAUGACAAACUGUGAUAUCGUUGAAAUAUUAUUGUCUUAUCUGUGAUAACUAAUAAAAACAAAUCAGGGGCAGCAGUUUUCUUUCUAUCUCGGUCAUGAUAAACCUCCGGCAUACAGGAAAACAAAUCAGUUUUAAUAUGUUUACAUGUGCCAUUGUAAACUAGCCUUCAAAAGACAAUCACUAAGCACAGUGUCAGAUCCAGCAGUGAAUCCUAGCUGACCUCUGAAAAUUCCUGGAUUUCAUGAAUUACUGCAUUCGUAAUGUCCAUAAACUGCAAGCUCAGAAACAGCACAAAUUUUAAUACAGUGCAUAGUUUUAGAGAUUAUGUAAUGAUAUUUAUGAAUCUGAUCAUUUAGUCUUUCAACUGACUGCCUAUUAGCAUUAUCUAGUCAUUUUCUAGUAUCCCAUUUCCCAAAAAUACUGUGAUCUAGCUGUGCAGUCAUAUAUGGUCUUCACUGCUCUCUUUUUACAUGAUCUGUGAUAAAUGUCCAAGAUCGUCAGAGCCUCUUAGCAUCCAAAUUGUACUGCACCCAGCUUUGUCUUUUGCAAACAACAAACAUGGAAAACAGUACCAUUUCUUUACUUAUAUUUUUAGUUUUCUUUUCUAACUUGAUUUCCGACUUCUCCUUAAGUCUUUGAACCAAACCUCUCCACUGAAAUAUUAUGUAUAUUGACUUUUUAUUGUAGACAGUCGACAUCUCAGAACUCACAUCUUCAGACUCACAACGAUUUAUUGUAUCUUCCUGCUCGGCAAACAGUAAAACUAGACACAGUAUUGAUAACUUAACUGCAACAAUCAAGAGAAAACUCCUGCCAGCCGUUGCUGACUACACUCCUGUUGUUAUUUCAGUUUCAGAAGUAUAAUUGCUCAGAGGAAUCAAUGACCAACAGAUAAUCCAGAAUAGUGUAGACAUGAAUGACAUUCAGCAUCUGCAAUUUGUGUUUCAUAUUGACAGGACGACUAGGAAGGAAAAGGAACCACACUUUGAUGAGAUUCUAAAUCAGGAGGGGAAGCAUAGGCUCGUGGUGGAUACAGUCCGGAACCUUGCUCUAGUGCUCAGUAUAUGAGGUGUCUGCUACCCUCACUCCCUUCUUUGCUCCUCAGCAGUGAAUUCAGCAGCGGGUAUGCUGUCUUCCAGGAUGCAGAACCAGAUUCUGAGUUGCAUUGAACAGAGCACGUAAGAGCUGAUCACCAGUUUCAAACAUGACUGUGGAUGUUGUCAGGGAGGAUCGUAUGUAUAUUACUGAAUAAUUAUUUGUCACAUAGGCAGGAGAAUCGAUGAUUUCAAAUUCAAAAUCUUUAUGAACUGUACAAUUCUCUCCGACGUGAGUAUUUCUAUGGGGUGUCACUGCUCCGUUGCACCACAGGGCAAACCACCACUGUAGAGAUGGCUACCUUCACCUUACCAUGCAGUCCAACAUCAGACCACUGUCACAUCUGAAUGCUCCACAAAUCUAGAUAUUGCACAAUUUGAUCAACCAGCCAAAUGGAGACCUGCAAUGCGGCCAAUUCCAUACUCUAUCUAGUGCUGAUAACACUGUCUCAUAUGAGUGUUUGGCAUCUCCAUGUCCUCCACAGGGACCAUUCAACAUUUGAUGCUGUUCACAUCCCUUAUAACACCUUACCAGACAUAGCAUCUACACUAAACACAGAUAAAAUGAAUGCACUCUGGUAACCAUUCUACCUGUCACAAAACUGCAGCUGUAAUCAUUUGCAUACCCACCCAAUGGUGUGCUCAUGUACAAAGUUACGUUCACAUCCGACCAUGUCUUCUGGGUGCUUGUCUUUCUUUUUUGUCGGGAAGUGAAUAUUUUUAAGUGUAACAACAUAGGCAUAGUCAGUGGCUUGUUUUUAAGGGCAGUUAGCAAAGAUUUUGUUGAAACUCAGUCAAAAAAGUUCUUCAAAUUGUAUGAAUCCUACAUAUAUGGUAAUUGGUACUCAUUGCUUCACAAUUUUACAAAUAAUCCAUUGUGAUGUAUCAACAUUUAAAGCCAAUUUUUUUUUCCUUUCCCUUAUUACAUUGUAAAACCUUUUUUUUUUUUUUUUUUUUUUUUUUUUUUUUUUUUUUUUUUUUUUUUUUUUGCAGAGGUAAUAACUAUAGUGAAGAUCUUGGCACUAUAGGGCUGCGACUAAGUCUGUGGUAUUUUUGUGUCUUGUCUGUCUGCUUUCUUGUGCAGCAGAAUAUUUUUGGCAUUGUUUCAGCUUCAGGGAAUUCUCUUCAUCUGCUUUCAUUCUGAUCUUUAGUGCUUUUGCUUCAGGUUUAACUAUUUCUGUUGAAACCCCAGAGUCUGCAGAUGUCUUCGCUUUCUUCAUAUCUCAAAUUGCUUUGUACAUCUCACCUGACAUCACUUCCAUAAUAUCAUUACUAAUCCGUUUGUGUUUCUUAUUAAAUAUUUGUGUGGAUUAAGAAAUUAAAGUGCUUGUAUGAUUCUCUCUGUUGUUAGCUACUGUGUCAUCUACCAUCUUUACUUAUGAAAUGUGGUGUCUACCCAACAUACUUUUUCAGUUUGAUUUCUUCACACCUAACUUUCAGUUAUUAUUUCAUAAUAUGAAAUGAAAUGAAACAUGGGGUACAUUACAUUCUAUAAGCCUUUUAUGAAUAGUUUGCUUAUUUUAGAAUAUUCUAUCACAUUUCUGUUAUUGUUUGCCCAAAGCCCACACAUUCUUUUCAAUAGCUGCCCUGUUUUAUGUGAGAUAGUUUAAUCUUUCAUUUUCUUCAUGUCUGCAAUAUUUUUGGAUGUAUGCAUAAGUAUAUUUUCUAAACAAAUAUCCCUUUUAUCUGUGACUUAUAUUCAUUAUUUUCUAAAACAGCAAACUAGUUGAUUAAUUUAAUGUGGUAUACCCCCAAAUUUUUAAAUAAAUUCUCAGAAAUCUAUGUUUUACUCUGUCUGAUGAUUUUCUUUCCUCUUACCUUUGCAUUUAUAAGGGCAUUGGAAUGAAACCAGGUCACUAGUGUAAAGAAAUGGUAACAAAUUUUAUUAACUCAAAACUGUAGUUAUACACAGUACACUUACUCAAAAAUAGUCGCCAAAACUGUUGGCACAUUUAUCCCAUUGCUACAUUAGCUGGUCAUUUCCAUCCUUGAAGAAGCUAGUAGGCUGCUAUCGGAUCCAGGUCUGGACCCCGUCACACACAUCAUUGUCCAUUGCAAAUCGAUGUCUGCGAAUAUCUUGUUUUAGAGGUCCAAACACAUGAAAGUCACAUGGUGAAAGGUCGGGACUGUACGGCGGAUGUUCCAGUGUUUCCCACUGAAACUGCUUCAAUGUCGUCUUCACCACAUUGGCCGUGUGCGACCAUUAUCACACAGGAGGAUAAUGCCAAUGGACAACAUACCUCAGUGUUUCGACUUGGUGGCUCGCCUACGGUUCUGUAAAGUGCCUUGGUAAUGCUGCGCAUACAUGGUGGUUCCCUGUUCCAGGAACUUGACAAGCAGUGUGCCCUUGUGAUCAAAACAGAGGACAUUGUGACCUUACCAGAACUGGUGUGCACGUCCUUUGAUUUCUUUGUAGGUGAUGAAGUCACAUGUUUCCACUGCCUGCUCUGAUGCUUGCUCUCCAGUUCAAAGUGGUGACACCAUGUUUCGUCACCUGAGACAAUAAAUGACAGAAAGUCAUAUUCCUCCUCAUGAUAACGUUGCAGAUGACUCAAGGACAGCGCCAUUCGAGUAUUGCGCUGUUCAGCAGUCAGUUGGUGGGGAACCCACUGUGCGCAGAUUUUUCAGAAGUUUGAGUGUUGAUGCAUUAUGAUGUGGGUGGUGCCCAUGAUAAUACCCAGUCCAGGACUCGAGCAUUCACUUCUGCAACGAUUUGUGGUGUGAUGACAUGAGCCUGUCCAAGAGGAGCAUCGUCUGCCAGUGACUCAUGCCCCUCAAGGCAUCGUUUGCAUCAUUCCACAACACUUGAAGAACAACUCAGACUGUACUCACCCUACACAGCUUUCAUUCAUCAAUACAUUUCACGGCCUCCAACUCCCCCCCACUGCCAAAAAUCUAAUGACUUCUUGUUGUUCCUGCUUUCUCACCUACAUGUUCAGUAGUGGACGAUAACUUGUGUGACCACCUUCUCUUCCGUGUGAAACCACACUGGCGCUAUGCAACAUCAAAUCGUGUGCACGUGUCAGUCUCUCUACCAAUAGAUGGCACCACAAUACAUGUAAAGCAAAGGUAGACGCACGGACCAGGCUUAAUUUGAAUGAACCUCAUACUUUUAUUCUGCAGGAAGUAAAUCAGCUAUGCCCAUUCAAAGCAACCAUCCCAGCAUUUUCCUUAAGCAAAUUAGGGAAAUUAUUGGAAACCUAAAUCUGGACAGGGACUGAAACCAUCAUCCUCCCAAAACUGAGUCUACCGUGCAAUCUCACUUGGUAAUUAAAGUGUUAUUUAAAACCAUCACAUCUUGCAAAGUUCCUGUAUUAUUUGAUAAAAUACAGUCAAUUUCAACUGUAGUUCUGUUUGUUGUCUUUUGGAAGAAUGCAUUAAUAUCAAAUGUAUUAAUCUGCUUGAAAAAUUCUACUAAUGUAUAAUCUGUUUGUGGUACACUAUCUUAAUAUUUUUUUCUGUUAAUGUGCUUCCUUUGUGUGGAGUAUUUUUCUAUGUAUAUUAAAAUGUUGUUCUUUGCUGUGAAGCAGUAUGGCCCUCAAGCUUUGCAGUAGUUUAUUGAAAUAAAUAUUGCUAGGGUGAGGCCUAUGUGUAAAAAAGAAGAUACUUUGGGAUCAUAUGACUGUUUGUAACAUAAGAAAUUCUUUUUCUAACAUUUUCAAUAUGUUUACAUGACUGCCAGGAAAAAGAAAUUACUUAAACCGUUCUAUAGAUGCUCAUGACUGCGUUAUUUGUAUCUUCUAUUACUUAUUUUCUUAAGUACAUUUCUCUACAACAUUAAUCAUGAGUGAGAAAAAAUAAUAAAUUGAGCAUGUGUUUCACUUCACUGCUGGUAGUGUUGUCACAUUCACUGCUGAUAAAUGGACACAUCUUUUAUGUUUUUGUUUCAUUAAAAAGACUUUUUCACUCAUUCUAAUUUUCUAUAAGAAUUUAAAAAUGUCAUCUGAGACUUGUGUGUGAUAUCUUUUUUCUUCCAUAAUUGCUAAUGCUGUAAUGUUAAACAAGAUAAGUGUAUCAUCUGUAAAAGGAGUAAAGUUUCAUGUCCAAAAAUAUUUUGCAGAGAAAGAUACUUCAGUAUAGUAUUAUCAUAUGUAAUAAACUCGUUUCCAGUGUAAUCAGCUAGUGCAGUGAUUGUGAUUGAGUGCAUGGUAUUUCAGUGGCUAGCUUCUCCAUAUUUAAAAUGUUGUCAACAAAAUCAAAAUAAAUUUUUCUAACUAAUUUAAUGAUGUGUGUGUUUGGGGGGAAAGGGGGGGGGGGGGGGGGGAGGGAAGAGAGAGUGUGCUAGUAUACUAGUAGUGCAUAUGCUUCAUUGUAAUGCUCUCCAGCAACUAGAAUAUUUUCUGUGGAUACACUUAAAUGUACAUUGCUUACAAAUGUGAUUCGAUUUCCAAAAAUUGAGUGAGAGACGUCUGUAACAUUAUAUAAGAGUAAAAAGUGUUGAAACGAUAUUGUAUAUUCUUGACGCAAAAACUAUAAUUGUUAAAUUUUUCAUUUUUGUAAUUAAUAUAUAUAAGUGAAGACAUAUAGAAAUAAGCACAAAAUUACUUUUGAUCAUGUGGUCUAAUAUAUGGUGUUAUAUCUUACUAUCUUUCAAAUUGUCUACUUGUCCAUUAAUUGUAAUCUACAUAUGUCAUGACCAAAUGGAAUACAUGCAGCCUAAAUUUGAAGAAGAAUAAAGUUGAUUUUCAAUGUGUA